AUGACAGGAAAAAUAGACGCCUACAUCGAUUGUGUUUCUCCAUACUCCUACUUUGCGGUGCUGUAUCUGCGACGCAAUCGAAAGGCGCUAGAGUCGCAUGGUUUCACCCCUAUUUUCUUAGGUGGUGUGAAUGUUGGCUCUGGAAACAAGCCGCCAUGGACACUCCCAGCCAAGGCAUCGUACGGCAAAUUCGAUUCACAGCGGGCAUGUAAAUACUUCGGGGUGCCACAAACCAAGACACCGGAUUUCUUCCCUAUUCUCUCUAUCUUGCCUCAACGAUGUCUGAUCUAUAUCAAAAAGUACUACCCGCGCGAGAAAUACGAAAGAACCUUUCUCUCACUAUCAGAAUGGAUGUACCAUCAAAACAUCGACGUCAGCAAACCAGAGAAAUUGGCAGAGCUCCUUAAAAGCCACGACUUCUCAAAUGAGGACAUCGAGAAGAUCUUGGCUGCUGCGUCGAGUCCGGAGUAUAAGCAGGCGCUCACUGCGAAUACCCAGAAAGCACUAGAUCUAGGAGCGUAUGGGGCGCCUUGGUUCUGGGUGCGGAAUGCGCAGGGACAGGAGGAACCUUUCUUCGGGAGUGAUCGGUUCGCGUACAUGUGGCAAUACUUGGGUCUUCCUUUCCAGGAUAUCAGUAUCGUUGAGAAUGAGAAAGCGAAGCUUUAG